AUGGAUGCCAUAGAUACUUCUGACAUUUCACAAUUCAAGCAUACCCCCGAGGAAGAGACUGGAAGCGGAACUGACCGCCUGGCCCCAAAGCGUAACAAGAAUCCAAGAGUACCUCAAAAAAAACUUGACGAAUCCAUUACUGCUGAGCUUCAAAAUGCCGUUGAUGAGCUUUUUGACGACAAUACACGCAAAAUAGAUGAUUCAGAAAAUAUUCUGGUUCGGGCUUUCCGUGAGAAUAUUGAGUCGCGCCAUUAUCUGAUUGCCAAGGUGCAUCAUAAUGUUGAGAAAAGUUUAAAGGUAUUUGGGGAAUAUGGGUCUGGGGCUACUGAUGUCUUGGUGGAGUGCUUUGGCGCUCGACAAGAAUCAAUUGCUCUUUUGCUCGCGACUAAACAUCAUCUAACCGCUUUAGAUCAGCUUUCGAACAACAUGGGUGAUGGAAUUGAUACAACCAACUCAAAGAAAAUUGAGAACUUCACUUCAUUCAACUUUAACCUUGAGGUGGCGGUAAAACUAUUGAAAAAAUUUGACUACGAUUUUGAAGAUGUUGAAUUUCUAGUCAAGCCGUCAGUUUUUAGAUGCCGUCCACAGUACGUAACCUCGACUGUGCUGGAAGUGUUCACCGUAAUUCAUAAAAAAGACAAAGAGCAACUGGAAAGCCAUCUCCAAAGUAUUAUCAAUAGUAUUCUGGUAGUGGCAGGUACUGAUGUCGAUGCUGCUGCUGCUGAGAAACACCUCUUUGUCGUAAUAGAUGUUUUGCGUAUCCUUUACCUUGUUUUGACGACAUUUUGCACAAAUGUAUUCUUGAGUAAAGAAUUCCAACAAAGUGCGAAAAAGCAUAUAUCCGACAAUGACAACAUGGUUUUUGCACUCUUAGGUCUCAUGUCUACCGCUUGCGUUGAUGAAGCAGCGAGAAAUUACAUCGCUGAAAACUACGCCGAUACCCUCAAUAAUUGCAUUAAAAUUGACAAGUUCAAAGUCGCAGCGACGUUACUUUUGCUCAAAACAUGGAGCUUCACCAAGUUGAAGGGAAAUGCGAUUGUAGACAUGGCUGCUACUCUAGUAGAAGAGAUCGAAAGAGCUCGCGGUUCUGAGUUUGAAGAAAUGGCUGUCGAAGGACUUGCCUACUUGAGUUUGAAGCUUUCUGUCAAAUCACUGUUGAUAAAAAAAGAACGUCUCCGUCCUGUGUUUUUAGAUUAUCUCAAGUCUGAAAAGACUUCCUUCCCAAUGUACUAUGGUAUUUUGGUUAUCUUAGGCAAUUUAUCAAGCCCCUUAGAGCCAGAAACUCAAGAACAAAAAACUGUAGAAAGCUUGAAGGCUUAUGCGAGUUCCAAAAGCGUGGAGACAGAGCCGGAAAUGAUUGCGUUAAAAGAGAGUGAUGUUAGUAGGUUUGUUUCACAUUUUAUCUUACAUCAAAACGUCAUCGGAUUAGUUAAAGCACAAAUCAGGAAACGGAACAGACAGAGCAGUGGGCCCCGAGCUCAACUAUUGAGGAUAGUGUACAAUGCUGCUAGGAGCAAAACACUUAUUACGGAAAGUGUAAAGCAAGGCAGCGUCACUUUCCUUUUGGAAUCGCUAGCUUCAAAUACAGUUACGGAAGAAAGCAGGCUGUUAGCUUUGAAAUCUCUAGCUAGGACUUUGACAUUGGUUAAUCCUCAGCUAGUGUUUAAGGACUAUUCUGCGCUCAAUGCGCUGCCAUUCUUGUUUGAGUUGAUUCCGGACCCAACAAAACCGACGUUUGAUGGAAAUAUAAAAUCUAAGGACACUUAUGAGUCUUUGUUAGCACUGACAAACUUAGCUACGUUACAAGAUAGCAGCGUGGUUUGUGAAAAGAUUGUAACGGUUCCAAUAUUUUGGAAUAAGAUAGAGAACCUGAUGCUAGAUACCACUGUAGAGAUUCAAAGAUCCACUCUCGAGCUGCUGUCCAAUUUGAUGGCAGGCUCUUUACAUCUGGCGGUCAAGUUUUUCAAUUUUGACAAUCCAACCAGUUUGCGCAACUUCAAGGUACUGGUAAAGCUUUUGAACCUGAAAGACGUUCAGUCACAGCUAGCGGUUGCUGCGAUAUUUUCCAACAUCUCAUGCUCUGUCCCGUUUAUUGCUCAGGAACUCGCUCAGCAACCCGAACUAAUCAAUACCGCUUUGCAAAUUCUGCAAGAUCAAUGCCACGAAGCAGAGAUGCGCCAUCGAUUGAUCAUUUUUUUCGACGCCAUUGCAAGUGUCGAGCCCCAUUCCCAAAUUCUACUGGCUCAAAAUCCGAAAGUUGAACAGGUUCUCAAAAACGUGCGAGAGUUAGAAGCUGAAUCCUCAUCGAACUAUCUCACGGCCAUUGAUGCCAUACUCAAGAAACUACAGCAGCGUCAGGUGGCUACUUCACUUCACGCAACAGAAGCCCGGUGA